CGCCUCUGGCUAGUGCCGUGUAGUUAAUGCCGAAGGCGAGGAGCUGAUGCCCCGGAUGACGUCAUCUCCCUCUGCUCCAUUCGUUAAUAAAUUUGACUGAUUGCUGAGAGUGUGUUUGAUCUACCUCCGACUAGACCCCCACAAUUUUUCACCGCGGAUAGAGCUAGCACUCAGAAGGUGUGCUGACGCCGAAAAGGAGCGAAAAUGGGCGAGCAUUAUGUGGCCAGUCAAGCCAAAGGCUUUAACCAGCCCUACGGUUACCCGAUGAACUGCAAUCUAUCACGCCAUUUCAUGGAUACGACCGAGGAGGAUCGGAAGUGUCUCGAAGAACGGAAGUACUGGUGUUUUAUGCUGAGCAGUAUCGUCACAUUUUGUGUGUCAAUGCUAUUGGUUGUCACUUGGCGGAUCGUCACUCAUCUGUUCUGUCAACGACGAGAGCGAGAGGAUGUGGUGGAAGUGUCCGAGACCGUCCCACAAUUGAACGGCAAGCAUGGCCCUGCUGCUGCUGUCAAGACCGAAUUCGAAGGUUUAGCGCUGAAACAAGAGGAGAAACAUUUGGGAUGGAUGACCGAAGCGAAAGAUUGGGCUGGCGAACUGAUAUCUGGUCAAAGUCUUACCGGUCGAUUUCUUGUCGUUCUUGUGUUCGUCCUUUCAUUGGGUUCACUUGGCAUCUACUUCUACGAUGCUAGUUUCCAAAACUUCCAAGUGGAGACUUGCAUACCAUGGAAGGAAAGCCCAUCACAACAGAUCGACCUCGGGUUCAACAUAUUCUUCCUUGUUUAUUUCUUCAUCAGAUUCAUUGCCGCCUCUGACAAAGUGUGGUUCUUGUUGGAACUUUACUCUUUCAUUGAUUACUGUACAAUACCGCCAAGUUUUGUUGCCAUAUACCUGGGAAGGAAUUGGUUAGGGUUUCGAUUUCUUCGCGCCUUACGUCUGAUGACGGUACCUGAUAUUCUACAGUACCUCAACAUACUAAAGACAUCAUCAUCAAUCCGACUCACUCAACUCGUCACCAUUUUUGUGUCUGUUUGUCUUACGGGAGCGGGUGGAGUGCAUCUGUUUGAAAACUCGGGCGAUUUCUUCAGGGGUUUUAUCAACCCUCAUAGGAUAACCUAUGCUGAUUGUGUGUAUUUCUUGCUCGUAACGAUGUCGACCGUAGGGUACGGAGAUAUCUAUUGUACGACGUUGUGCGGUCGCAUUUUUAUGGUUUUCUUCAUCCUUGGUGGCCUUGCGAUGUUCGCCAGUUAUGUACCGGAAAUUGCCGAUCUUAUAGGAAACCGACAGAAAUAUGGCGGAGAGUAUAAAGGAGAACACGGGAAAAAACAUAUCGUCGUAUGCGGUCAUAUCACUUACGACUCAGUUAGCCAUUUUUUACAAGAUUUUUUGCAUGAAGAUCGAGACGAUGUUGAUGUCGAGGUGGUCUUCCUGCAUAGGGUAGUGCCAGAUUUGGAGCUGGAAGGUCUUUUCAAACGGCACUUUACGAAAGUGGAAUUCUUCACUGGCACCGUGAUGGACUCGCUAGAUCUAUCUCGAGUCAAAGUGUCAGAUGCCGAUGCCUGCUUGGUACUAGCAAAUAAGUACAGUACAAAUCCGGAUGCUGAAGAUGCGGCAAAUAUCAUGCGAGUGAUUUCGAUCAAAAACUACUCGAGUGAUAUUCGAGUGAUAGUCCAGCUAAUGCAGUACCAUAACAAGGCGUACCUACUGAAUAUUCCAUCUUGGGAUUGGCGACGAGGUGAUGAUGUCAUUUGUCUUGCCGAACUCAAAUUAGGAUUUAUUGCUCAAUCCUGCCUUGCUCCGGGAUUUUCAACGAUGAUGGCCAAUCUGUUCGCAAUGAGGUCUUUCAAAACCUCUCCACAUACUCCGGCUUGGCUGAACGACUAUCUUCGCGGUGCCGGCAUGGAGAUGUAUACCGAGAAGCUGUCUCAAGCUUUUGUAGGGAUGUCUUUUCCUGAAGCAGCUGAUCUUCUCUUCACUCGGCUAGGACUUCUGCUGCUGGCCAUCGAGUUGAAGGACGAAGAGAAUCGCGAGUGCAACAUUGCCAUCAAUCCUGGUCCAUCUUGUGUGAUACAACCCCAGACACAGGGAUUCUUCAUUGCUCAAAGUGCCGACGAAGUAAAACGGGCAUUUUUCUGGUGCAAACAAUGUCAUGAAGACAUCCGUGACGUGACUUUGAUCAAGAAAUGCAAAUGCAAGAACUUGGCUCUGUUCCGACGCAGUACGAAGCACAGCACGGCAGCUCGCGAUUACUCAGGGUUUGACGCGUUGUUUAACCAGAAUAAUGACGUUUCGUCGCGACUGACGGCUGACCCACCAACCAUCCCUCAGCAUGGAUCUCAAGUACAACUGCGACUGCUGAAUGAACAGAGGCCAUCCUCCGGCAGAAGAACCUCGAUGUCAAUCCCGCCCGAUGGUCGAGGUGUCGACUUUACGAAAGAUUUUGAGCAACAGGACAUGAAAUACGAUUCCACUGGAAUGUUCCACUGGUGUCCCGCGCGGAACUUGGACGAAUGUGUUCUGGAGAGACACCAAGCAGCAAUGACCGUUCUGAAUGGUCACGUUGUCGUAUGCUUGUUUGCUGACCGGGAUUCACCACUGAUCGGCUUGAGAAAUUUCAUCAUGCCUUUGAGAGCUUCUAACUUCCACUACCAUGAGCUCAAACACGUCGUUAUCGUUGGUGAUUUGGACUACUUGAGGAAAGAAUGGAAAACGUUGUACAAUCUGCCGAAGAUUUCCAUUCUGAAUGGUUCACCACUAUCGCGUGCUGAUCUACGUGCUGUCAACAUCAAUCUUUGCGAUAUGUGUGUGAUCAUAUCUGCUCGAGUGCCAAAUACCGAAGAUACGACACUGGCAGACAAGGAAGCAAUCUUAGCCUCACUGAAUAUAAAGGCUAUGCAGUUUGAUGACACUCUGGGAUUCUUUCCUCUGCGUGGCGGUGAUCGGAGCCCUCUCGGAAGCCCGAUUAGUAUGCAGAAAAAAGGUGCACGGUUCGGCACAAACGUGCCAAUGAUAACCGAGCUAGUGAACGACUCGAACGUGCAGUUCCUCGAUCAAGACGAUGACGAUGAUCCAGACACCGAACUGUACCUCACGCAACCAUUCGCUUGCGGCACCGCUUUUGCCAUAUCAGUGUUGGAUUCAUUGAUGAGCACGACUUAUUUCAACGACUCGGCCUUAACACUGAUUCGAACGCUGGUGACUGGAGGAGCCACUCCGGAACUUGAGUUGAUUUUAGCCGAGGGCGCCGGCCUUCGUGGAGGUUAUAGCACACCCGAGACGUUAGCGAACCGUGAUCGAUGUCGGAUAGCACAAAUAGCGCUACAUGACAAUCCUUAUGAAGGAAUUGGGCACAACUCUACUUAUGGUCAAAUGUUCACCACGUCCUUGAAAAAAUAUGGCCAAUUAUGCAUCGGUUUGUAUCGGCUACACGAUCAAGACAAUGCCGAAUCCGUGAAGCGAUAUGUUAUCACAAAUCCACCCGCCGAGCUGCGAAUAAGAAGCUCUGAUUACGUCUAUGUGUUGGAGCAGUUCGACCCCGGUCUCGAAUACGAACCAGGAAAAAGGCAGUAUUAAAAACUUGAAGUGUUACAGACGACGCUUGCUCAAUUCAGUCAUUCGUUUAAAAUAUAACUUUUCGUUUCCGGCGAUAUUAUCAUAAUCACUGCGAAAGUGCAACUAAAUUAUUGCAGUUAUCAGAGAUUUCUUGUUUAUACAUACAUAUUCAAUGACAUUUCUUCGAGCUGAGAGCUCAACUCGCUAAUUGUAAAGUGAUGAAGCUCUCAACGAUUUCAAAGCUCAAUUCAGCUAGGUCAGGUAAUCCACUAUCUCAGCACAAUAUCCCUCCGCUUCUGACUGUUUCUCGCAACUCUGCUUCUGCUCUAUUCCUUGUAUUACUCAUCCUGUCGGCUAGUCGCCUCUGCCAAUUAGUCUAACUUUCGUACUGUUUAUGUUCGUCUUAAUUUGUGCACGAUUCUUUCAUCAUCUCUUUUUACAAUAAGGGUAUCUCAUUGUAGACAUUUUUUUGCCUUGAUGUUCUUUUGAUAUUGUCAUUUUGCUAGAUAUAACAUGCGAACUCUUACGAAUUUUUGUUAUAUAAAAUAUAAAGUGUUUGAGUUCCUUA